AUGCGGCUUCAGACUCGCGUAGCAGUGCCAUAUCGCCAGUCGUUAAACAACUUCUCACAGGAAGGGGAAAUGGCCGAAGGGAACACGCUAUCCGAGAAGGCACUGGGACGGCGGCGCGCCGUACCCGUUCUGUACGUGCAGGGCUCGCACUACGACAUCGGCUUCGACACGGGUCGUACAUUCAGCAGCAUCAUAAAAAACUUCGUGAAAGAGUACAGCAAUCUGCGCGACUUCGAGCGGGAGUAUAAGACAAAGCGUGGAUGGACCGCCUACGAACAGACACUGGCCAACAUGAAGCGGCGCUUCCCGUACUACGUCAAGGAGAUCCAGGGUAUUGCUGAUGGCUCUGGCGUAUCUUUCCACCAGGUUCGCACUCCCACACAAAGUACUUAUUUAUACAAAGAGACUAAUUUUCAUGUUAUACGAUGGCCUCUAUUUAAAACCUACUUACAAUAUAAUAUAUACUUUAGCAACAUUAAGAUUAUAUGUUUAGUUUAAAUACACAAAAUCACCACCCUGUACACUCUACUACUUCAUUUUCUAGAAUAGUGAACAGAUUAUGCCUAGUUAACUAUCGAGACAACAAAGCCAAGGUUCUUCUCAUAUUAUUUUCUUUCAAUAAAAAACGUAAAACUACACCAGGGGGCCUACCACAACCUCUUAAAACUAUAUUACUUUAACCUCACAUUGACUUUUCG